CGCUAGAGCGAGGAGAGGGGGGAGGAAGAAGAGGAGGAGGAGGAGGAGGAGGCGCGCGAGGGGGCCCCCGCCGGACUGGCAGCGUGGAUGAAAGUUUGGUCCGAAUUCCGCGCCGGGGACUCCAAUCGUCAUGUUAAGAUAAAGCAGAAAGGCACAGUGCUGAACAUGCUAAAGAGAUUAGACAAAAUAAGGUUCAGAGGUCACAAGAGAGAUGAGUUCCUUGAUUUAGCAGAGUCUCCCAAUGCUUCAGACACUGAAUGCGGAGAUGAAAUCCCUAUGAAAAUACCUCGUACGUCAGGCAAAGAAAAUGAUGAGCUGAGAGACCCUGCUGGUCCUGGGACCAUCAAUAUGGCUUCAGGAGUCCUGGAUUAUAACAGAACAGAGUCUGAUAGAUUAAAUGAGAUCAAAGGCCAUCUGGAAAUUGCCUUGCUGGAAAAACACUUCCUACAGGAAGAGCUCAGGAAGCUGAGAGAAGAAACAAAUGCUGAAACAUUGAAACAAGAGCUAGAAAAAGAACGUCUGAGAAGGAUAGAACUGGAACAAAAAGUCAAUGAAAUACUUAAAACAAGAACAGAAGAAUCACCUCCCACUCCGCAGCCUCCCAAAGCACAGUCACAAGCCAAUGGAACAGAUAAACGCAGCCACAUGGUGUGUUCAAGAGUUCAGAAGUGGGUUUAUGACAAAUUUGGGGAAUACAUUGAAGACUUCAGAUUUCAGCCUGAAGAGAACACAGUUGAAACAGAAGAGCCACUUAGUGCACGAAGGCUUACAGAAAAUAUGAGGAGAUUAAAGAGAGGUGCCAAACCUGUUACAAAUUUUGUGAAGAAUCUUUCUGCCUUAUCAGACUGGUAUUCUGUCUACACUUCUGCUAUUGCCUUUAUUAUCUACAUGAAUGCUGUAUGGCAUGGCUGGGCCAUUCCUAUGUUUUUAUUUUUAGCAAUUUUGAGGUUAUCCCUAAAUUACCUCAUAGCCAGAGGAUGGAGAAUACAGUGGAGCAUUGUGCCUGAAGUUUCUGAGCCCAUUGAACCUCCAAAGGAAGACCUAACAGUAUCAGAAAAGUUCCAGCUUGUUCUGGAUGUGGCACAAAAAGCACAGAAUUUGUUUGGCAAAAUGUCAGACAUACUGGAAAAAAUUAAAAACUUAUUUAUGUGGGUCCAGCCUGAAGUAACGCAAAAGCUGUACAUAGCUCUGUGGGCGGCUUUUAUUGCAUCCUGCUGUAUUCCAUACAGGAUCAUAGGGCUAUCAAUGGGACUUUAUGCAGGAAUCAAAUUUUUUCUUAUUGAUUUUGUCUUCAAACGAUGCCCGAGGCUACGAGCAAAGUAUGAUACUCCUUAUAUCAUAUGGCUAAACCUGCCCACGGAUCCUCAGCUCAAAGAGAGGGCUAAUGCAACAGUAUCAAGACGGCUUCAAACAGCAGCAUCACGAAGUUGUGUAGGCUCAAGUGCCCCGACGGGAGUAAGCAGAGAUGAAGACAGCACCCGUUUUCAUACCACUAAAAGAGGCAACUUCCAUGAAGUAUUUAAUCUAUCAGAAAACGAGCGUCCUUUGGCAGUCUGUGAAAAUGGCUGGCGCUGCUGCUUGAUUAACAGGGACAGGAAGAUGCCCACAGACUACAUUAGAAAUGGAGUGCUCUACGUGACAGAAAAUUAUCUGUGCUUUGAGAGUUCCAAAUCCGGUUCUUCUAAAAGAAAUAAAGUGAUAAAAUUAACAGAGAUAACAGAUAUCCAAAAGUACAAAGUGCUGUCUGUUCUACCAGGAUCUGGGAUGGGUAUUGCGGUAUCCACACCUUCUACACAGAAACCUUUAGUGUUUGGUGCCAUGGUACACAGAGACGAAGCUUUUGAGACCAUAUUCAAUCAGUAUAUGAAGAUAACCUCUGCAGCAUCCACCAGUGAAAGCUAGUAUAUCACCAUUGCUGAUUCUCCUGGGAAGACUUCAUUAAUUUUACUCACUCGGUAGUGAAUAAAAGGUGGAACACCCUUCAUCAAUUCUGCAAUAAUUUUCUUCGUCGCGUUUUGUCUUAUGUUACAGAAGUGUAUUUUAUAUAUGCCUUCCACGUUUUUGUUUUCUAAAGCUUUUUGUAAAAAACAAAAGAAAAGAAAAAAAGAAAAUGACAGUGAAAGUGCUAUCAUCACUAUUAGCCUUGCACAUUAAGCACUUUUAAUGUUUAUUUACUGACAUUAAAAAGCUUAGGAAAAUACUUGGCAAAACGGGCUUGGGGAUAGACCAAGGAAGCUGUCUUGUCCUACCUGAAAUCCCAGGGUAUGACAGUAUAUUCUCUUUCUCUUCUGCUACGGGUUCUGUACAUAGUUCUAAUGCACAAGUCAACUUGAUUUCAGUGGCAUAUCUGUAUAUGUAACUGGGUGCGAGAGAGCAGCCUGACCGGCAAAACAAGUGAUCAACAACAUGCUGUGGAGAGGUCCUUAUUCUACUAAUUGAGAUCCUAAGUAGUUUUAACUGAAAGUAUGAAUCCAAGUAGUCGUUCUUAAAGCAAACUAUCUUGCUAAUUUCUGUAGCUUCAAAUAAUAUCUGUAUUGGAGAUUAUAGUGAGAAAGAAAUACUGUUCCUCACAGUGGGAAUUUCCUGAUCUCUCAUUUUUCAUCUCCUUUUGUAACACAAUAAGUGAUGCUGCUUGUUUUCAAGAGAUUUUUAAGUUUUUUUUAAAAAAUUGUGUACCUUCACUUCAAGGAAUUAUUUUCCACACAUCCUACAGUGGCAUUGUGCUGCCUUCACAGUUUUGUUGAAAGCAUUUUUCCCUUCAACAUGUUUAAUAUACUGGGGGCAGUUUUUAAAGUUAUGGAAAUGUGUUUUUUUUAGAGUAAAACAGGGCUGGAGAACACGCUAACCUUUCAGAUGUUGUUACAUGGAAGCUCUCAGGGGCACCAGCCGGCUUGGCCAACUAUGAGAUAACAAUGGGAAUAAUAGUUCUUCAACAUCUGGAGAGCCAGUUGUUUCUCACCUUUGUCAUAAUAGAGCACAUGAGAGUACUGUUCUGCUUAUCAAAUUCACAACACAAUGUUUUCAAUCAUCUCUUUCUGUGUUCUUAAAGUACAUUUUUGUUCUGCAAAUAUUCAUUGACUAAUUUGUUAGUGGUGGUUAUUUUUGCUUCUUUCAGGCUUUAUCUCUGUAACACGCCUUGCUGAUGGAAGGCUUGAAUCAAGAAAGUAUACUCACAAAGUUUCAGAUGCUGACCAUUUUAUAGACACAUGUACUACCAGUGCACUGUGCAAUCUUUAAAGAGCAGAAAGGAUGGCAGAAGUAACAAGGUCAGCCCCGCCAUUAGAUAGAGGGAAAGAAGCACCUUAGGGCAGCAGUAACUUCGAUUGUGGUUGGGACAGUCAGCACAUAGAAUAUCGGGUUUGGGGCAUUAUCUUUGCAUCAGGCAGUAAAACAGCUUGGGUUGGCCCUGAAGAGUAAACAGUAUUUGUAAUACUAUGGAAGUAUUAACCCCAUCUAAAAAUGCCAAUUUUCCUCUUUAGAUUGCCACCUCAGACCUUUCUCUGGUGUGUGCUUAUAGCCAUUUGGUUAUAAGGGUUAAAAAUAUGAUUGGAGACACACUGAAAGGAGUAAUUCUAUUGAAAGGUUAUACUUGAAGUGGGGGAUAGGUGACAGCAGAACACCCAUUAUCACCCCUGGUUCUUUCUGUGUUCCCAGUUGCUCUGCUCCAAAAGGCAGAUCCCUUGCUUACAAAUUGUUUGUAGGGCCUCUGUUACAUUAGUUUUGCAUAUAACCUGUAGUCAGCUGCUCUAAUAACCUCAUCAGCAGGAUAAGUGUUAACAGGAAAGUGGACUUCUGUGAACUUCAGUUUGUGUUGAGGGCAAAAGACUCCUUUCCUCACGUGUUUUGUGUUUUACAAGGAACCGUGAAUAAAUCUGAGAGAAGAGUAGUUGGGGAAAUAUUUUGCAUACAGUAGUCUUCUGUAUUAGGACCCCCUCUCCCAGCAAAGGGCUGAGUGCCCUUGAAAUUCUCUUUUGAACCAGAAUCCCCUGGAAGUCUUUAUUAGAAGGUUCACCAACAUCCCACAACCUAACAGAAAAUAUUAGAUACCAAGGUAGUAAGCUUAUGAAACCAGUUCAGCUUCUUGUGGUUUUAACUGGGACUUGCAUAAACGUAGGAGCAGAAGAAUGUAUAAACAUCCGAAGAUGCUGAAGGAAGAAGGGCCUGUGUAACAGAAAUAGAGCGUCUUUCUCCAUAAGGAUUUUGUUGAGCAUAAACAUAGAAUAACUGAUAGAUAAAUAAGCAUUACAUUAGCUUAAUGUUCUUUCUAGUCUAAAUCUAAGUCAUAGGCCAAGAACCAUGGGUAUAUAACCAACUCUGGCACGAGAGGGACUUCCCCCCCUUCUCUCUGUUUGAGCCCUCAGCAUUGUGUAAAAAAAUCUGCUCCAAAGCUUUCCUAGCCCUUAUUGCACAAUUUUAGGAUGCGUAGGGACUUGCAAGGAAGGGGAGCUGAAGUGGAAACAGUGAUAUCCUGUGGAAGUACACUGCUAGAUUGUUCCCCCCAGGUACACUUGAGUUUGUCUUUUUUAAAAAAAUUCCAUGAGUGUUCACGAGAUUCUCAUUUUUAGGAGGGGGGGAACCCAGGUAUUUUUUACAUGGUAAGUUCUUUUUCUUAUUAUUGUAUUAUUCUCAAAUGUGAUUUUUACCUUCACUCUGAUCAUGAAAACACGGGCUCUGGUGGAAAAUCGGGUGACAGCAUUUAAUACCUCCUUCCCCUAACUAGCCGACUGAAGUAUUGUUCUAGAAUGUGGUUCCUUAAAAUCCUCUCUGCUUAUGGUAUGAGGACAGUGCCACAAGGAGUGGCCACUUGCAUUUUUCAGAGUGACAGCGUAGUCAUACAAUUCAAGGAUGAGUGAUGGUCUUUAAUUUGCCUCUUCCUGCUCUUAUAUUACAAACAGAGGUUUGUCCAAACCCAUCUGCACGUCUAAACAAUGCAAACCUGAUGGUUGAGGCAGUAAAUCUCUUGCAAACUACAAUGCAAUGAAUGUUCGUUCCGAUACCUAGUGAAUGAACUGGACUUUUAAAGAGAGCAAAUGUGUAAUGAGGCAGACAUGCACAUAUAUAUUUUUUGCAAAGUUCAGCUUUACAUUAUGCAAAGAACUGCUAUAAAACGAACAACCAUGUUGUGUAAUACAUCAUUUUUCACAAUGCUGUAGGAUAACUUUGCUGUGUUUGAGUACCUUAAUACUUUUCCUUUCCUGUAUCCUGAAAUGCUGAUCACGUAUCAGCCUGUUCUAUAUUCAUGGACCCACUUCUAGGUUUAUUCUGAAUCCAUCUCCUGACAUGGCAUUUGCAGUACAGCCUACUGAACUGAAGUUCUGUAGUGCUACUUAAUGUGAAGUGUUAUUUUUCUGCAGAAUUUUUAAAAUACAAUUUUCCAUAAAUUUGCUGUGUUAUCCCGAUUUAGUCUGUGGCUUCUUGGUGAUUCUUUGUGUUUAAUUGGGUAACUUUUUUUUAACACAGUGGUCAAGUUUGAGAACCUUUCUUAGUGAAAAGGAAGAUGAAAACUGACCACUUCCUUAUGUUCCUGUCUUCAGUUGCUAGCAACAGAGGUCUUGAUACCUGUAACUGCACUGUUAGCUCUGUGGGGCAAGAUUUGACCCUAGAUGACUUGCGUAACACCAUCGCACAAAAAUCCACAAAACCAAUUCGCGAGCUCGAUAAACCAAGGGAGGACGCUGCGGAGAAGCAGGAGCAUAAACAUUGUGAACACUUUAAAUUAAAAAAACCCUGGUAGUUUAUAAUGAAAGAUGUACAUUUUUGGCAGAUGUUUUAUUUCUGCUACUAAUCAUUAAAUAGGAUGUGAAAUAA